GGGAUGGGGAGGAGCUCACAGCAGCACCUGCUGCUCCGUGAGGACAGUAACUACAGAACGAUUCGAGCGUUCAUGUAAUAGUCUCCAAAACACCAGAAAAAGUCGCUAGAUUUGUCGCUAGUCGCUUUUGACAAAAAAAAAAAAAGUCGCCAGGAGGCCUUGGAAAAUCGCCAGAUUUAGCGAGAAAGUCGUCGAGUUGGCAACACUGGGUCGGGGUCUCUGCAAGUCAGUUCCCUGCGGCCUCACGGGCGGGCUUUUAUUUUGAAGGCAGACGUCAUCAAAGCGUGCGUCCAACCUUCUGCAGGAAGUUGACAGCGUGGAGGGGCUGGAGACUGAUAUAAAAGAGACAUUAAUGAGCUCGGGAGCGGCAGAGACAUGUUUUACCAAAAGUAAACACCGUUAACGUGCAUGAACGGAGCAGGUGUGGUUCAUCUGACGGCUCCUUCCAGUGAACUGACCGCAGACAGCUGGUUGGCGGGUUGUCCCCUUAGAGACAGCUUCUUCUUCUGUGGUGUCAGAGGACAUGAUGUGGAAGUGCAGCCCGUGGGCUCUUCUGCCUCCUGCCUACUCCAUCUGCACCGCUGCUGGACUCUGGCUGGUAUACUUUGUGGCUGUUUACAGUGAGACUGUACUACCUCUGAGCUCUCAGUCCAGGAUGACCAAUGAAUCCAAAUAUCCUGCCUUCAUCAGUGUUGCAGGAAACUUCCCACCGGCCAGCUGCAUCUUCAGCGGGGUCAUGAACAUGGCAGCGUUUGUGGGGUUGAUCAUUGUCGUCCUCAGAUACCUUCAGCUGAAAAAAACACUUGACAAUUCAUGGCUGAACUUCGGCAGUCUGCUGAGUUUCUCUGUCGGCUGCUUCGGGAUGACACUGAUAGGAAACUUCCAGUUAUUCAACCAGAUGAUGAUUCACAACUCAGGCACCUUGAUGACGUUUGGCCUAGGCUGUCUGUUCUGCUGGGUUCAGUCCUACCUCACACUGAGAGCUAACCUGAGGAACGAGGGGAGGAGGACCGCCAUCGCUCGCUUCCUGCUAUCUGCAGUCAUCACUCUCUGCAUCGUAAUCAAAUACAGCUUCGCUGCAGCUUCCUGUCUUCUGGAUGCAGCACGAUGCCAGUGGGCACUGGUCAUGUUCUUCCUCAUGUUCAUCGGCACAUUCGGCAUUGAGUUUCGUCACAGCAGCUUUGAGAUCGUGUGCACGAACACGCCAAGGCAUCCCGUCAGACAGUCUGAGAUGUCUGAAGAGUCCAGGCAGCAGCUGGAGCAGCUGUCAGAGCUUUAGCACUGACAUCCUCAGGUCCAACUACAGGAACAUAUUCAUUAAACCUGAGGAAGCUGUAAAUGUUUCUUAGUAAGUCAGUUUCACCAGCAUUUCCUGUAGUAAAAUAGGCUUGUCUGCAUGUUUGAAUGUUGCAUAUUUUCCAUCUUUAAGCAUUUAAAGAUUGCAGUUCUGGUCAAAACCAAACAUAAUGAAGUCUAAAUUCUGAUAUUGCACCUUUUUAAAUGUGAAUAUUUAUUUAUUUUUCUUUCCCCUUCUAUGUAUUUUGGACAAAGCAAGAAAUUGAACAUCUUGAGCUUGGGACACUUCUAUCAAUUUUCUGAUGAUUUAUGAACCAGACCACCAAUUGUUUUAUUUAAAAAAUAAUCAACAAAUGAAUCUAACGACUUUCAAAUCCAAGUUAAGAACUUACCUGUUUAUUUUAGCUGUUUGUUUCUUGUACUCCUGUCUGUGUUCUCUGUGAAGCCGUUGCAUGUAAAAUACACUAUAUAAACACAUUUUAUAUUGCUAAGUCUUUCAUUGUUUGAUCUGGGGAAUUUUGAUACUUCUUUUUAAACCUGACUUCUAGAUUACGUAUUUUUGUAACUUUUCAAGUGGUUUAGUUUUGAACUGUAUGAAUCUUUAAAUGCUAUGGCUUAUGUAUUCACAGAACCAAAUCGAUAUCAAUAAAGCAACAGUUUAUUCUGCAA